AUGUGGGUCUCUCAUAAAAUCCCAGAGCUGCUCGUAAAAAAAAGCAGUGGGAAUCAAGUGCCCAACCGCUUUAGUGCACUACGGAAAAAGAACACCCGAACAGGGGAGAGGGUCAAGUCUCCUCCAGCGAGUCAAGCGUGCCUUUCCAGACGACCCGAAAAGAAGAACUCGGAGGAGAAGGUGCAGGAGAGCGAAAGCCCGCAGCCCCCCGAGAGGUCCCUGGGGGUGGGGGUCGCUGUCCCCCCACGGGCUUCCUGCUGCUCCCACCUGGUGUUUACUUUUCAGCUCCAGGACAAGAAAGCUGAUGAAGCAAGAUCUCAAGUCCCCACCCACAGCAAUGCCUUGGAAGCUGGGGCCGCGUCCGCAGCAGGGCCGCCAGGUCUGGGUUCCAGCGGAGGUGCGAUAUCUUUGCGCAGGGCCAAGCGGUCGUGGGGUCCGCCGUUCCGAUCGCCACAUGAAACAUGA